AAGGAGCAGGUGUUAAAUACCACAUUAGGUUACCCUACAGGUUGGAGGCACUUACAAAGUUCUGCUAACAGGUUCCCCGACCAGGAAAUAACUGAAACAUGACAGACCUCUUCUGAGGGAAAGCUGCUCCUCAGGGAGGACUGGAAGGGCUCCACUGGCCAAAAGUGGGCCCCUGCUGAGCGUGCAAAAACCCUUCUCCAUCAAGUGGGAAUCACCCUGCACAGCUGCUGGAGGCAUCUGCCACUCUCCCCAAGUGGGUUUCCAUGGAGUGAAGCAAACUAGAUCUGGGCAGACUGAAUCACGGAGCAAAGACCCCAUAGGAGACACCAACCUCAUGUUGAGUUCAAACAGGCCAACAGGAGACAACGCCUUUCUCAAGGACAACAGCCUUGCCUAGUCACUCCUCAGGGGGACCUAGGCAGAAGCUUGAGGACAACAUUCAUGGGAAGACGCCUCUUGUGAAGGCUGCCUAUAAUGAGCGGUCACCCAUUGCUUUCAACUACAUUUGUGUGUGAUCUUUGCUUUUUGCCAUAGGCCUUGCUGAGACAGCCCCACCUAAGUAGAGCAAGUGUGAAAAAUGUUUGUUGAGUUUUUUGUUUAUUCCUUAUGUGGGAUGUUUUCUGGCUAUAAACUGACUGCUGUAGGGCUAUUCUGUCUUCUAAAUGCUCCUUUAGUUCUGGCCCAAGAAAGCAAGGGAGAAAAUGAGUGCCGCCCAUGUAGACAAGUCACCCGUUCAGGUACCACUGUGACAACCUCCUUUCUCUUUCACACUUACUACCAUUGUUCAGGAAAACUGAAGGGAACCUGUAGGCACAAUGGCACCCUAUAUCUUAUCUGUGACCCAGGAAAAGGUGAACCAUUCGUGUGCUAUGAUCCAGCCUUCCCCGCACGACUCUCUGUUUAUGAACUGAGGGCAAGGAAUAGUCGCGGUCCCCUCAUUAACCAAACCCAGGUAAAGGGGAUAAUCCCAUCAAAGGUAAAUCUGUACUUUGAUGCUUGCAAAUUGAUUAGCUACACUGACUUGGGUCCUACUUGUGGAAAUCUCUGGUGGGAACGCCAAUAUAUGUUGGAACACAAAUACAUGUGUGAGAGAGACCCACAGAAGGAUUGUUGGGUUCCGGAUUACUAUUUUUGCCAAAGUUGGGCUUGUGUCAAAUGGGCAACUUGGCAUGGAUCAGGAGACACCAUGCUCCUCCGAAGGGGGGUAUCCAGCUCCGAUUGUGCACAUGGGUCUUGUAAUCCUUUGAUCCUUACACUUAAUUUCCCACAAGAUUGGCGAUGGUUGCAGGGGCGACAGUUUGGACUUCUAAUAGAUGGGAGAGGGAAGGACCCGGGAGCCAUGGUCUUUAUCCAACGAAAGCAUUACGUUCCUCUGGCCUCUAGUUUUAGAGUACUUGACUCUGUCUAUGAGGAGCCCUCCCCAGCCCUCCCCAAGUUGAGAGUUUCCGGGAAAAACUUGUUCAUUAAAUUAGCUGAAGACAUAGCACACGCUCUCGAGAUUAACUCGUGCUAUGUGUGUGGGGGGGCACUUAUAGCAGUCCAGUGGCCUUGGGAGGCAAAAGAAUGGGAUUCUGAAGGCACCAUUAAUAUGACCCUUACAACUGAGAGAUCUGACAGCCAACCUUCAAGACGAGGAACUCAUCCAUGGAUCUUAAAGACUAGUAUAAUAGGAAAAAACUGUAUCUCCCGCUGGGGCCCUAAUUACACCCAGCCUGUUGGGGAACUUACCUGUGUAGGAAAGAAAUUCUACAAUGCUACGUCCCAAAAGACAGAAUGGUGUGGUAACCAGACUGACAGAAACCCCUUUCAGAACUUUACUGAUCUCACUGAUAUCUGGAAUGAUUUAGGGAAAGCUCACCAUUGGCGGGCUCCAGUGGGUCUAUAUUGGAUCUGCGGGAACCGGGCAUACGCUCAAUUGCCCGCUGCAUGGACAGGAGCAUGCGCACUAGGAACAGUGAGGCCCUCUUUCUUCCUCCUUCCAUUAAGGGAAGGAGAGCUUCUAGGAUUACCCCUUCAUGUCUCUCAUAGUCAAAAAAAGAGAGAAUUGGGAGAAAUACACCCUGGAGAUUGGAAGGACCAUGAAUGGCCUCCAGAGAGGAUUAUCCAAUACUAUGGCCCAGUCACCUGGGAAGAGGACAGAUCCUGGGGAUAUGGAACUCCCACGGAUGUGCUUAACAGAAUAAUUCAGCUACAAGCCAACCUAGAGACCAGUGAGACUUCUGGGGCUUUGACCAUCCUGUCAAAACAACAAACCAAAAUUAGAAACGCUGUCUACCAAAAUAAGCUGGCUAUUGAUUAUUUAUUAGCAAAAGAAGGGGGGGUUUGUGGGAAAUUCAAUUUGUCCAACUGCUGCCUGCAGAUAGAUGACAAGGGAGAAGUUAUUAGUGAAACAUCCUAAAAGAUUCCUCAUGUACCAGUAAAAAGUUGGAAUAGGUAGGACUCUAAAAAGUUUCUGGGGAGGCUGGUUCUCAGCACUGGGAAGCUUUAAGACCUUUAUAGGAAGAGUUGUGGCAGUGGUAAGAGUCUGCUUAAUUAUUCCUUGCCUACUUCCAUUAGGAAUGAGAUUGAUAAACUUUAUUAUAAAACCCACCAUGAACCAACAGAUAACAUCAAUAAUACAUUAAGAAGGAAUUUAUCAACCCACAUUAGGGUCUGACUAGAUUGUACUAUGUGAGACACCUCAAUCAGAGCCUCAAAGGAGGAACAAGAGAGAAAACAAAGGGGACUCUACAUGGGGUAAUGGAGAAAAGCAAGCUAGGUAGGUGUGGAAACCCCAGUGCUCGGUGGACACUAAAGAACAUGGCGAAGUAGGCAUCACCCUGCCCUGAGGUGGAGGAACAGUGUGUCCUGCCCCCCAGAUGCUGUUCUGCUUCUGUGAUUGUGCUUCCUGUAAACAAACUCCUUGAGUGGAAAAAUACCCCAUAGAAGUAAGAUGGUAUAAAAACAAAGCUGAGCUUGACUUGAGGCUCCCAAGAAGAUGCUAGUUCUUUGCUUACUUGCCAAAAAUAAAGCUGCUUUG